UACCUCUGAAACCUCUUCCCGGUUCCUGUGCCAGAUUCCUCCAUUCACCGGGGAUAUCUGUACAACGGAGCAGGCAGACAAAAAGUUUUUUAAUUUUCUGUCGCUAAACAGGUAGCUAGCUGGUUGAACGAGCAGCUGACGUCGGCGAGCCAUGGAAACUUCUGGCAACUCGCACAAGAAACAGAAGCUGAGCAACGCGCCGGAGAACUGGGGAAUGCAAAGAGCAACUAAUGUUACCUAUCAAGCCCACCAUGUAAGCCGAAACAAGCGUGGCCAGGUUGUGGGCACACGAGGAGGGUUCAGAGGAUGCACUGUCUGGCUGACUGGUUUGUCGGGGGCAGGGAAGACCACGGUGAGCAUGGCUCUAGAGGAGUACCUGGUGUGUCAUGGGAUCCCCUGCUACACGCUGGAUGGGGACAACAUUCGUCAGGGGCUGAACAAGAACCUGGGUUUCAGCCCGGAGGACCGAGAGGAGAACAUCAGGCGUAUUGCUGAGGUUGCCCGGCUCUUUGCUGAUGCUGGGCUUGUCUGCAUAGCGAGCUUCAUCUCUCCCUACAGCAAGGAUCGCCUCAACGCCUUGAAGAUCCAUGACGCUGCAGGGCUGCCUUUCUUUGAGGUGUUUGUGGAUGCACCGCUGGAUGUGUGUGAGCAGAGGGACGUAAAGGGACUGUACAAGAGAGCCAGAGCAGGAGAAAUAAGAGGUUUCACUGGCAUUGACUCUGAGUAUGAGAAGCCGGAAGCUCCAGCGUUGGUGCUGAAGACUGACUCCUGCAGUGUGAAUGAGUGCAUACAACAACUUGUUGACCUGCUUCAGGAGAGGGAUAUAGUUCCUGUGGAUGCUUCUUAUGAAGUGAAGGAGCUGUACGUUCAGGAGAACAAGCUGGACCUGGCUAAAGCUGAUGCUGAGACUCUCCCUGCCGUACAGAUUGGGAAGGUUGAUAUGCAGUGGGUGCAGGUGCUGGCAGAGGGCUGGGCCACUCCUCUGAACGGCUUCAUGAGAGAGCGAGAGUACUUGCAGUGUCUCCAUUUUGACUGUCUACUGGAUGGUGGUGUCAUCAACAUGUCUGUGCCCGUGGUGCUGCCAGUGUCCAGCAGUGAUAAAGAACGUCUGGAUGGUGUUACGGCCAUCGCCCUGGUCUAUGAGGGCAGGCGAGUGGCCAUCCUCCGCAACCCUGAGUUCUAUGAACACCGCAAAGAGGAGCGCUGUGCUCGCCAAUGGGGCACCACCUGCAAAGACCACCCCUACAUCAAGAUGGUGAUGGAGAGUGGAGACUGGCUGGUUGGUGGAGACCUGCAGGUUCUGGACAGGAUCUAUUGGAAUGAUGGACUCGACCAGUACCGACUAACGCCCACUGAGCUGAAACAGAAGUUCAAAGAAAUGAAUGCAGAUGCUGUGUUUGCCUUCCAGCUCCGUAACCCAGUUCACAACGGCCACGCUCUCCUGAUGCAGGACACCCACAGGCGUCUUAUUGAGCGAGGCUACCGUCGUCCCGUGCUGCUGCUCCACCCACUCGGAGGGUGGACCAAGGAUGAUGAUGUGCCACUGAGCUGGCGAAUGAGACAGCACGCUGCUGUACUUGAGGAGGGCGUCCUCAAUCCAGAGUCCACCAUUGUGGCUAUCUUUCCUUCACCCAUGAUGUAUGCUGGACCAACUGAGGUGCAGUGGCAUUGCAGAGCUCGAAUGGUGGCUGGUGCCAACUUCUACAUUGUGGGCCGUGAUCCAGCAGGCAUGCCCCACCCUGACACAGGAAAGGACCUGUAUGAGCCCACCCACGGGGCCAAGGUGCUCACCAUGGCUCCAGGCCUCAUCACCCUGGAGAUUGUGCCCUUCAAAGUUGCUGCCUACAACAAGGUCAAAAGGGCAAUGGACUUCUAUGACCCCAAGAACCACCAAGACUAUGAUUUCAUCUCAGGCACACGCAUGCGCAAGAUGGCUCGUGAGGGAGAGAAUCCUCCUGAGGGCUUCAUGGCACCCAAGGCCUGGGCUGUGCUCAAAGAGUACUACAAGUCAAUGGAGAAGGCCUAAGAUUGAGUAUUGGGUGAAAAAAAUUAUAAUGACGAAAUGGGAACACAUUGGCUCCUUCAAAUGGUUAAAAUGAUGAAUGUGGGGACCACAUUAACUGCAGUCUAAAUCAUGCUCUGGCUUGUUACUGUAAGUCACUUUUAAAUGUACGCUCAGCUUCAGUCAAGAUGCCACUGUCAGGUGUUUUUAGUCUUAUUACACUCACUGCUGUCUUUUAAGCUUAGGUACUUAACUAAUUUUAUUUUAGCUGUGAAAUUUGGACAUGGUUUCGGAGGACAGUAUACCAGUGAGGAGUUGGUGUUUUCACAGAACAUUUUUUUUUAUCCUAAGUGAUUGUGUUUGAAAUUAAAACAGACUGGAUAGCUUGUUUAUGUAAUUCAGCACAAUGUUGGAGUGUAAGAGUUUAAAUGAUCAAAUCUGUAAACCUCAAAGUACUGUUGCCCGGUGCUUAGGAGAGAAGGAAUGUUUUUAUUCUCUCUGUCCCUGUACUGACAACAGAUGAUUGAACUUAAUACUAAAUGACAAAAAGGCAGUGUGUGUGUUUGCAAGAGGCAAUGGUAGUUGCCCAGAUAUUGCACCAGUUUACACCAGUAUUUGAAAAGUUGAGUGCCUUGGUCCUUCUCAAAUUAUUGUCUCCACAAAGUGAGUUCACAUGUUUGGAUGAGCACAUGCACCUGCUUCUUGUCCCGCUUGUCUCUUCACUGAAGCGGCCCAGAAUUUCAGGAGAUCGUCUGAAAAACCAGAUCAGUACUGAAACAGGGCCGAUAAGAUGUUUUUAUUGGGAUAUGCAACCCUAAUCAUUUAACAACGUUUUUUCUCAAAUGAUCUAUUUAUUCUGUCCUAAUAUUAUAGUGUUUUCUCAUUUAACUGUAUCUCGCAUGUAGUUUUGACACUUUCAUGCCUGUUUUCACUGUAAGUUCUUGUCAGUUAUUAUUUUUUUGUGUUUGUGUCAUUUUAUUUUUCCUGCAGUGUUAUUUUGUAUCAGGUGGCUGAUAUUUUCCAUUUGUUAUUCCAUUUUGUUAAGGGUUUGGUCUGUAUAAUCAGUUUGGUGGUUACUAGCAAGAGAACUGAUUUGUAAUCGUCCUUGUCCAAUAAACAAUUUUUAACAAAAGGAA